UCAUCCGUCAGUAGUUGAGUUUUGGAGUUGGAAGAGUCAUCUCGUUUGGGACGGACAGUUUUUCUCAGCAAGUUUUUUGAAAACGAAAAAAGAAAGCUCACCAGAAAGAAGGCUUUGUGUCGAUUUCGGAGGAACAAGGACAAUUCAAUUUCUAUUUCAAAAGCAAGCCUAACUAGUGCCCAGCCGCCGGAAACGAUGUCCGAUGCAAAGAAUGAUGAUUUGGCGACCGCGAUUCUGAAGCGUAAGGACCGCCCGAACCGUUUGAUCGUAGAUGAGGCCGCCAACGAUGACAACUCGGUCAUCUCGCUGUCCCAGGCGAAAAUGGACGAGCUGCAGCUCUUCCGGGGCGAUACGGUCCUGCUGAAGGGCAAACGCCGCAAGGAAACGGUAUGCAUCGUCCUGUCGGACGAGAACUGCCCAGACGAGAAGAUCCGCAUGAACCGCGUGGUUAGGAAUAAUCUGCGUGUGCGUCUGGGUGAUGUGGUCUCCAUCCAGUCCUGCCCGGAUGUCAAGUACGGCAAGCGGGUGCACAUCUUGCCCAUCGACGACACCGUUGAAGGUUUGACUGGCAACCUGUUCGAUGUCUACCUCAGACCGUACUUCCUGGAAGCUUACCGGCCCAUCCACAAGGAUGACACUUUCAUCGUGCGUGGUGGCAUGCGGGCUGUAGAGUUUAAGGUAGUCGGUGCCGAUCCGUCGCCGUACUGUAUUGUGGCCCCGGAAACGGUUAUCCACUGCGAGGGCGAUCCGAUCAAGCGCGAAGAGGAAGAGGAAGCGCUAAAUGCCGUCGGUUAUGACGACAUUGGUGGAUGCCGCAAGCAGUUGGCCCAAAUCAAGGAAAUGGUUGAGCUUCCUUUGAGACAUCCUUCGCUGUUCAAGGCGAUCGGUGUCAAACCCCCGAGGGGUAUUCUCAUGUACGGUCCACCCGGAACGGGAAAGACUUUGAUCGCUCGGGCCGUAGCUAACGAGACUGGCGCCUUCUUUUUCCUGAUCAACGGUCCAGAAAUUAUGUCCAAGUUGGCCGGUGAAUCGGAAUCCAACUUGCGCAAGGCCUUUGAGGAGGCAGAAAAGAACUCCCCUGCUAUCAUUUUCAUCGACGAAAUCGAUGCUAUUGCUCCGAAACGAGAGAAAACUCACGGUGAGGUCGAACGCCGUAUCGUUUCCCAGCUUCUGACGCUGAUGGACGGCAUGAAGAAGAGUGCGCAUGUAAUUGUGAUGGCUGCUACCAAUCGGCCAAACUCGAUUGACCCUGCGCUGCGUCGUUUCGGACGUUUUGAUCGUGAAAUCGAUAUCGGUAUUCCGGAUGCCACUGGACGGUUGGAAGUGCUGAGAAUUCACACCAAAAACAUGAAACUGGCCGACGAUGUCGAUCUGGAACAGAUUGCCGCUGAAUCCCACGGUCAUGUCGGUGCUGAUUUGGCAUCGUUGUGCUCGGAAGCUGCACUUCAGCAGAUCCGAGAGAAGAUGGACUUGAUCGAUCUGGAAGAUGAUCAGAUCGACGCCGAAGUGCUGAACUCGUUGGCAGUAUCGAUGGAGAACUUCCGUUAUGCCAUGACUAAAUCCAGCCCGUCGGCUCUCCGUGAAACGGUUGUUGAGGUUCCCAACACGACUUGGCACGAUAUCGGCGGUCUGGAGAAUGUCAAGCGUGAACUGCAAGAAUUGGUGCAGUACCCAGUUGAACAUCCCGAUAAGUUCUUGAAGUUCGGUAUGCAACCAUCGCGUGGUGUUUUGUUCUACGGACCACCUGGUUGUGGUAAGACCCUGUUGGCUAAGGCUAUUGCCAACGAGUGCCAAGCCAAUUUCAUCUCCAUCAAGGGCCCGGAACUAUUGACUAUGUGGUUCGGUGAAUCCGAAGCCAACGUUCGUGACAUUUUCGAUAAGGCUCGUUCGGCUUCGCCUUGCGUCCUGUUCUUCGAUGAGUUGGACAGUAUUGCCAAGUCACGUGGUGGAAACGUGGGUGAUGCCGGUGGCGCAGCUGAUCGUGUCAUCAAUCAGAUUCUAACUGAAAUGGACGGUAUGGGCGCGAAGAAGAACGUCUUCAUCAUUGGUGCUACUAACCGUCCGGAUAUUAUUGAUCCAGCUAUCUUGCGUCCUGGUCGUCUUGAUCAGCUGAUCUACAUUCCGCUGCCGGACGAUAAGUCUCGUGAGGCUAUUCUGAAGGCCAACUUGCGCAAGAGUCCAGUGGCUGCCGAUGUCGAUUUGACAUACGUGGCCAAGGUAACCCAGGGAUUCUCUGGCGCUGAUUUGACCGAAAUUUGCCAGCGUGCCUGCAAGUUGGCCAUUCGUCAAUCGAUCGAAGCCGAAAUUCGCCGGGAGCGAGAGCGCACGGAAAAGCAGAGCUCAGCUAUGGAUAUGGAUGAGGAAGAUCCGGUCCCGGAAAUUACCCGUGCUCACUUCGAGGAAGCAAUGAAGUUCGCCCGCCGUUCCGUAUCUGAUAACGAUAUCCGCAAGUAUGAGAUGUUUGCCCAAACGCUUCAGCAGUCUCGUGGUUUUGGAAACAACUUCAGAUUCCCAGGCGGCCAGGGAGGAUCCAGCUCACAGGGACAGGGAUCAAGCCAACCGACGAGUAAUCCCGCCGACAAUGGGGAUGAUGAUCUCUAUAGUUAGACUGUUGCAGCAGCAAUAUUCAAUUCGUAGAAUAUCAAAUGAGCGAGAAUGUCCAUCCGUAACGCGCCCAUUCCCCAUUGUUAGCAAGCAGAAUAGAUACACACACACACAUAUACUACAGGUACACACAAACACAAACCGAAAGCCGAUAAAUUGACCCUUUCACUCUCUAGCUCUGCCCCAAUUUCUUCUUCUGGUUUCGAUCGGAAGAAUAAAUGAAACGCUAUUCACUCGCGCGAAAGGGGUCAUCUGUUAUACCGAGUACGAUACAUAUAUUCUGAUUCAAGAAUUCUAAUAUUUCAUAAAACACGAAUAUUUAUCGUAAGGAAAGUUUAUCUUUUUAUAUAAACAGCAAACCAUUAAAAACAUCAAACUGAUAGAAUGAAACGACGUAGCCAGUAGAGAAAUCCUUACCUAUUUAUAUUUAUUGAUUCAACCAACAACAAAAAACUGCGCCCUCUCUGAUUUCUUCUGUCGUACCUAAAUUUCAGCAAUUGUCCGAUUUUACGUAACUUUCCUUAUCUUACAUUUUUAUUACACGAAAUACACGUUCAAUGAAGUAGUACUUUAGUCUAACAUAAUUGGAGAAAAACAUUAUCAUCUAGAAAGAGAAGGUUACUGCAUUGUUCCCGGAUAAAACAAAGAAACUGCAUUAUUGCUCUGGUUUGGCGAUUGGUUGCGGGAAGAAAAGGAAGAAGAAAACAUAAACAGAUUAGACGUGUGCUGUGCGGCGCCAAGGUAUGCAAUGCACGGAGGAGGCGUUUUAUCGCAAAAGGCGAAACAAUAUUAAAUAAUUUCAACUUGAAAACCACACUCUACACUUACAUAAGAUGCGCAGACGCUCUAGACAUAGUAGUGAUGAUUGGUCAGCGUUUGGUAUUG